AUGACCUCGUCUCGGAUUCCAUUAUCGGAAAUUCCUAACCUGUCUCUCCUUUACAAGCUUAAGCAUUUGGUUCCUGCGUCAAGUCCUCGAAAUAGCAACCCCUCUCAAUUCCUAAACAACUCGAUCUGUCUUAUUACUAGCGAUAUUACAAAGCUCGAAGUUGAUUGCAUUGUAAAUGCAGCAAAUAAGUCGCUGUUAGGAGGGGGUGGUGUUGAUGGGGCAAUCCAUCGGGCAGCUGGUCGCGGUCUGCUCCAAGAAUGUCGCGCUCUGGGCGGUUGUGCUACAGGCGAUGCUAAAAUCACCAAUGCUUAUAACCUUCCUUGCCGAAAUGUCAUCCACGCUGUUGGUCCCAUGUUCUGGGCAGACGAGAAUAGGGAGAGCCUUUUACGCAGUUGUUACUCGCGCAGCUUAGCGCUCGCAGCAGAAAGUGGUUUGAAAAGCAUUGCCUUCCCGGCGAUCAGUACGGGGGUCUACGGAUAUCCGAGCUUAAAGGCAGCGGAAGUGGCUAUUUCGGCAGUUAGACACUUCCUGGAAACAAGCCCCGGGCCCCUCGAACGCAUUAUAUUUUGUACUUUUGAACAAAAAGAUACGGAUGCCUAUCUCAUACUUCUCCCAGAGUAUUUCCCGCCAACAGAGCAAGAUUUAUCGACGGAGACCGAGAAAAGUAAUGAGGCUCCAUUUCACCCGUCAUCCUCACCCGCGACACUCGCUGCUAGUCUUCCUGAUCCUCCCACUUCAGAGCCUACCCUGGAAGGCCAACCAAGUGCCAAAAAGCCCAAGGUCGGCACUGACGUUUCUGGGAGCACAACUUUCGACAAAGACAGUGAGAGAAGUGAAGAUGACUGGGAAAAGGUUGAUCAGGCUGAAGUGACAAACCCGACGACGGAGCGCCUCGAUGAUGAGCCCGUUGAGCUGGACGAUGAGCCGACGUCCGCAGAUGUCCAAAGCGUCGUAUCUAGUACUGCAGACCUCAAGGAAAGCGACUCUGCAUAA